AAACAACAUGGUUUCACAAUAGUUUGUCCUUAGACGGAGACAGUGUGCCUGGCGUGGGCUGAUAACAUUUCAAAACUGUGAUACAAUGGGCGAUAAAGUAAAAAUUCAAGAGCUGGAUUCCGCAACACAAGAGUUGUUGAUGGGGCUAUACAAAAGCCGUGCGAAAUUUGCUCGUUUUGGUGAUGUUGGUUGCACGAUGCCGGCGACAUACAAGGAAGAUGCUGACAACAUGAGAACCAUGGCCGUUAGGCCCGAUGAUGUGUGGGUGACCUCGUUUCCACGAUCUGGAACAACGUGGACCCAAGAAUUAGUGUGGCUACUGAUGAAUAACUUCGACUACGACACGGCGUCAAACACGUCUCUGUGGGUCAGAUAUUGCUUCCUCGAAAUGAAACAUGUAUCUCUCGAGGACUACAGCCAAUCCCUGGAACUGGAACCAAAACUACGCGAAGAAGUUAAAGAAACCUUCCGUUCUUACGAGGAAAUAGUUAAAGAGCCAUCUCCACGCUUUAUUAAGACUCACAUGCCUUUCUCACUGCUGCCGGCGAACCUCCUGGACACUACUAAAGUGGUGUAUGUGGCCCGAGACCCACGGGACGUGGCCGUCUCCUUUUAUCAUCAUAAUAAACUGCUUAUUGGUUACACAGGAGACUUUAAAACUUAUUGGAAUCUUUUUGUCAGCAAUUUAGUCUUAUUUACUCCAUUCUUUCCGCAUUUGAAAGAAGCAUGGGCACUCCGUAAUCAUUCAAACAUGUUGUUCAUAUUCUAUGAGGACUUGAUAAAGAAUUUACCAUUGUCUAUCAAGCGCAUAGCAGAUUUCCUGGGCAAAGAUGCUUCUGAUGAACAAAUAACAAAACUAUGCGAGCACUUGGAUAUAAAUAAUUUCAGGAAAAAUGAGUCCGUAAACCCGUCGUUUCUGGUUAAGAUUAAUCCUGAUGCUGAGGGUUUCGUGAGACGUGGUGGUGCGGGUGGAUGGCGGCAGUACUUCGACGAGGAGAUGGCGGCGCAGGCGCAGCGCUGGAUGCGCGACCACCUCGCCGGCUCCGACCUCCGCUUCCCCGACCAUUAGUCACUAUACUGUGUCAUUAAGCAUAUUAUAUAGCCUCCGGGAGGUGUAUUAUAUAGGCGUAGUCCUUAAAGUCAUUAACACAGUCCAAUCAUGAUAAUAAAAUUUUAAGCGCCAUUUAUGCUAUUGACACUUAAGCCCUUUAUGGAAAUGUUUGCUUUUUACAAAAUUAAAAUCAUAAAAUCUGGUUACAAAA